AAUAUAUUACUCACACAUACCGUAACCAACGGCCGGUUCUUCAAGUUAUGCGACUUUGGGUUAGCCGUACUCCACGAGGGGACAGGUAAUCAGCAUACGGGAGGUGUGGGUACUCUGAGAUAUAUGGCACCGGAGGUUAAACUCAAUGCUAAGUACACGACAAAAGCCGAUGUCUAUAGUCUGGCAGUCAUUGCAUACGAAUUGUUUGAUUUGAAUGCUUACGAGUAA